AUGCCGGCCGCUUUUUCGUGCCUCCUCCCUGGCGGUCUCCAGCGCACCACGAACCGCUGGGACAUCACUAGCGCGACCGAUGGCUUUUUUGCGCGCAUGUCCGGCGCGCUCGACAUCAGCAUUGAGAGGGAACUGAGACUGAUGGCUGUCGAGACGCCGGUGCCCGUCGGGGGCGGCGCCGCAUGGAAGCUCGUUGAGAUGGUCACGAGCGGGUGCGCGAUGGGGAUGCUGGUCACCAUGCGCAAAUGUGUGGAGUCCGAGUGGCGUGAUGAGCACACAAACCUGGAUUUUAGGUCGAAGGACCAGCUGGUGGAGCUGCUCGACCUUCCAAACUCGAUAUAUGCCCUUGAUAUGCGGGAAGUUAACAGUCUCUUUAUCCUCGCUGCCGUCUCUGCCUUGUGGAGCCACCGCCACUGGGGUUGCGGCCCCAAGAAUGCGGCCAACUACUGCCUCGAGGACCUGGUGAACACUGACCAAGUCAAACCAGCCGCUCCAGGCCCACCCGCCGUGGUCCAUAACGGUGCCGCUCUCGAUGGUCGCCCGGGCCAUGCCCUCUGCAAUGUCCUCGGGCAGCGUCCCGUCCAAGGACGCCGGGACCCCCGUGGCUAG